GUUUCCACCACAUAAAACUGACAGUUUAUAAAAUGGAAACUAGGCUUCUCCACUCUUCUCCAUACCAAAACCCAUUUCUCCUCAUUUUCAUUUAAUUAAUUACAUUCUCCCCUAAACGAACAAAGAGUAAUUAACCAUAUAAUAUGCCUCUUAGGAUCAGACCCUUAUCUUUCCUCUUCCUCAUGCUCAUUGUUUGCUCUUCAUCAUUAGUGAAAGGCUCUCUCCAGCUUGAAGGCGCAAAGAUGCAUGAGAGUUUCAUGCUUUACAAGAGUGAGGAGAUGGAAGUGAAGAAGAUCUCGAGCCACAGGAAGUUAAUGUUCCACUCGACUACGGACUACGACGACGCAGGAGCCAACCCUAAGCACGACCCAAGAAGGAGGCCCGGAGGCAAGCCUUGAAUUAUUCAACACAUGAUUCUCUCUCGCUCUCUAUAUAUAAAUUAGCCUAUAUACACAUGCACUAGUAUCUAUAUAUAUGAGUGUGUGUAUCCUAUUCUGACAUUUUGUUUGGAUGAGAUCGUUGUACAAUACCCUUCGGAAACGCUUCGUGAAAGGGGGACUAGUUUUCAUUACAUAGAUAAACCAUGAAUGAACUAUUAUGAUUAUCAUCUUAUUUUAUUGACA